AUAUUUUUUUUAAUUUAAUUUUUAUUUUUUUUUUCAAUAACCAAUCUCACCAUUUCAUUCGAUCCUAUCUUUCUCUCCCUCUUUCUUUCUUGCUGCCUUUUAUUCUCGCGGCCCUCAGAUUCGGUUCGGCUCCCAGAUCUGUUAUUUGGAAGAAGGGCUUGAAUUGCAGAUUGUUCUGGAAAUAAAGAAAUGGCUUGUAGGGGAUUUUGGGAGUGCCUAUUGAAGCUUUUGAACUUCUUGUUAAUUCUUGCGGGCUUGGCAAUGAUUGGCUAUGGAAUAUACCUUUUUGUUGAGUAUAAGAAUGGUGCUUCACCAGGUGAUGAUACCCCUCCUGUCCCCCCAAAUAUGGGGGAGUAUGUGCAGCUUGGUAGGCCAAUGCUAGUGGCUGUUACGUUGGCUGAUAACAUAUUUGACAAACUGCCAAAGGCUUGGUUUAUUUAUCUUUUCAUUGGCGUUGGUGUAAUAGUUCUUUUCAUUGCUUGUUGCGGUUGCAUUGGAACAUCUAUGCGCAAUGGGUGCUGCCUAACUUGUUAUUCAGUGCUACUCGUCUUGUUGAUAUUGGUUGAACUGGGAGCAGCUGCUUUUAUAUUCUUUGACAAAAGCUGGCAAAAGGAAAUCCCAACUGACAAAACUGGAAAUUUUGAUAUGAUCUAUGAAUUUCUGGAGGACCACUGGAAUAUUAUCAGAUGGGUUGCACUUGGUGUGGUUGUACUAGAGGCUGUAAUAUUUUUACUAGCACUUGUUGUGAGGGCCGCAAAUAUUCCAGCAGACUAUGAUAGUGAUGAAGAGUAUAUUGGUGGCCCGAGGCAACAGAUCCGCCAGCCUUUGAUAAAUAGACCAGCUGCUCCCACCACAGGUGUUCCUGUUGCUGGUGCCCUUGAUCAGCGCCCUAGUAGGAAUGAUGCUUGGAGUACACGCAUGAGGGAAAAGUAUGGACUGGAUACUGCAGAAUUUACAUACAACCCAUCGGAGUCCAACAGGUACCAGCAAGCUGCGACGCAGCCAGCCGAGGAGAGGAGUCGGUGCAUCAUCAUGUGAUGUACUUUGGAUGCACUUCACGGAUUGUAGUUGACUUUUGAGUGCGAUCAUAAUUGAUCAAAUGGUGUGAGAUCCUCUGUAUCUAAGGAGAGUGUGUUCGUCUGGGCUAACCUUGUCGACCAAGUUUCCACUUGAUUUAUUCUGUGUCUUUAUGAUUGAA